GCACGCGGAGCUCACCUCACCACGCGGAGAAAACAGAGGAGAAAGAGAAGAGAAAAUAUCCCUCCCACAUCGUCACCCCAGCUUCCUCCGCUGCCUCACCACAGCACGCCGACGAGCUCUCUCCACGCACGACGCCCGCUCCCCCUCCCCCCAGAUCCGAAGCGACUGCCGCCGGCUCGCGAUCUUCCCGAACCGUACAAAAACCCGGCCGUGGCGGCGGCCGCGGCAGCCACGUACGGUGGCGGCGAGGGGUGUAUGAGGAGCAGGAACGACUGCGGGACCGCGAUUCGGAGCAGGAGCCGGUGGGGCAAGUGCGGCUGACCCACGCCUGAGCGAGAGGCCGGUCUGUGUGUCUGGUGGGAUCGUGGGGGGGAAGGAGAAGAAAGAAAGAAAGAAAGGUCGAUCUUGGGAAGCUUCCACUACGGGCUCCGAGAUGCAGAACAACGAUUUACGCAAGAAGAGUGCAGCGGAAAUUGAUUUCUUUACUGAAUAUGGCGAUACUAAUCGAUACAAAGUUCUGGAGGUCAUAGGCAAAGGUAGUUAUGGACUUGUAUGUUCUGCAAAUGAUACACAAACAGGAGAGAAGGUUGCAAUAAAGAAGAUACACAACAUAUUUGAGCAUAUAUCGGAUGCUGCACGCAUACUCCGUGAAAUCAAGCUUCUCAGGCUUCUUAGGCACCCUGAUGUAGUGGAAAUAAAGCAUAUCUUGCUCCCCCCAUCCAAAAAGGAUUUCAAAGAUAUAUAUGUUGUCUUCGAACUUAUGGAGUCAGAUCUUCAUCAAGUAAUAAAGGCUAAUGAUGAUUUGACGAGGGAGCAUUAUCAGUUUUUCUUGUAUCAGAUGCUUCGAGCUUUGAAAUAUAUGCACACAGCAAAUGUCUAUCACCGAGAUUUGAAGCCCAAGAAUGUGCUUGCCAAUGCAAAUUGCAAACUCAAAAUUUGUGACUUUGGCUUGGCGAGAGUUGCAUUCAAUGAUGCACCUACGACAGUCUUCUGGACAGAUUAUGUGGCAACGAGAUGGUAUAGAGCACCUGAACUUUGUGGGUCCUUCUAUUCUAAGUAUACACCAGCUAUUGAUAUAUGGAGUAUAGGGUGCAUUUUUGCCGAGGUGUUGAUUGGAAAGCCUCUAUUUCCUGGUAAAAAUGUUGUUCACCAGCUGGAUUUGAUAACUGAUGUUCUGGGGACACCUUCGUUAGAUGCUAUUUCUCAGGUGCGGAAUGACAAGGCAAGAAAAUAUCUGACAUGCAUGCGGAAGAAACAGCCUGCUUCGUUUUCGCAGAAAUUUCCAAAGGCUGACCCAUUAGCAUUACGAUUGCUUAGGAGGCUUCUAGCUUUUGAUCCAAAGGAUCGUCCCUCUGCUGAAGAGGCAUUGGCAGAUCCAUACUUUAAUGGACUAGCAAAGGUAGAGCGAGAACCAUCUUGUCAACCGAUACCAAAACUUGAAUUCGAAUUUGAGGGUCGUAGAGUAACAAAGGAGGACAUCAAGGAACUGAUCUUUGAAGAAAUUUUGGAGUAUCAUCCUCAAUUACUGAAGGAGCAUAUCAGUGGAACAGACAGACGAAACUUUGUUCAUUUAAGUGCUGUUGACCAAUUUAAGAAACGCUUCGCUGAACUCGAGGAAAAUGGUGGCGAAAAUGGAUCAGCUGUUUCGACACAGAGGAAACAUUCUUCUUUGCCAAGGCAAUCCUUCAACCCUCGUUAGACGUGUAAUGUCCUGUGACAGUCAAAACUCACAGGAUAUGAAGAUCCAAGAAGCUUACCAUCUGUACUCCCACUCCCUUGCAACCAAAUAUCAAGCACCGCACUCUCAGAACCCAGUAUCUAAGUGGGCCAGUGCUUGAUGCAACAGGUCCGACUCCCAACACAAUAUGUGCCUGGAGGAGUAUGUGUAGACUCCAGAUCAGGGAACUUGUACUUCUAUCUGCAUCAUGGUAUAAGGGUUGAUAUACCAGGUGACAGUAUCGCACAGGCAGUCUGUUCCUAAUGGCUCAGUUCCGGCUGUACGUUGCAGCAUGGCGUUGCAGGGUUGUUUUGAGCCUAGGGUUAUCGGCAUUGAAUCAUGGAGGUCUGGCUUUCUUAUUUGUCAGUCCCCCAAAUCAUGGAGGUCGAACCUAGGAUUCCAGCUUCAUCUUGUACAUGGGAUGUUUCACAGCUUCUUUGCAACCGAGCCCCCCAAAUGUGCCAGACAGUUGGAUCAUAAUGUGCCUCCUAGGGAUUGAGUUGCAAAGCUCGUUUAUUCUGAAUGAUGAAACUUCUUCCAUGGGAAGCUGUGAGGUGGCUAGGUCAAAGAACAUGAUCGCCGCGAUUUACUUCAACCAGUUGUUUAAGAAAUACUCCUACAUUUUAACGCGAGGGACCUUGCUGUGUUUAGCAGUGUGUUAACCAAAGAAACUUGCAUAUAAUCUGAAUCAUUUCCAAUAGUUGCUGUAAAGAAAUGCGCGAAAGGUGAAUGCCAGAGACCAAAUUAACUGUUCUGAUGAGCUGGGUAAAUAAAUUGUUUGUCUCCGUCGA